AAACGAAAAAUCGCUAAAAAAUGGGAUGUUCCCAAUUUUGUUACCAGUGAAAAUCCCAAAGAUGGCUACUAGUGUUUUAUUUAAAAAAUGAAGAUUCAAACCGUAGCAGAAAACAUAAAUAAUUUACUUAAGCUUAGGAAAUUAGAUAUUAAAAAAACAAUAAAAAAUAAAGACUACAUAGAAUAUUUGGGAUAUCAGUAUUUACAGCACAAAUCUGGUAAAAGUGCCAUAUAUUACUAUUGUCGCAAAAGAUGUGGUGGGAGAGCAAAACUCACCAUUAAUUGUGACUUUAGUAUAACUAAAUGUCAUUUAGACACUUGUAAACCAAUUCAAAAUGUUUCACCUUUAUCAUCAAACAUUAUCUUAGAACAACUGAGAUCAAAUUUUCAAGAUGUAUCUCAAAUAUCUUCUCAAUCUCAUGGAGAAUCCUUGACCCUCUCAAAUCCAAGUUAUACUCAAAGUCAUUCAGCUUACACAUCCCCUCUUUGCUCAUAUAUCUCCCCAUAUAUUCCUGAUUUUCAAAAUGCUCCCAACAUAUCAAAUGAUUUCUAUACAUCUCCUCUUAAUUCAGAAAUAGAAAGCAAUUAUUUUUUAGAAAAUAUGGAUAAUUAUGGAUUUGCAGAAUCUCUAAUAGAUUUUAAUGAAAAUAUACAUAUUUUUGAGGAACCAACAUUUAUCGAUAGCCAAAAGGGCAAAUCAUUGCUCUUUUUUCAAAAUUUUCUUUACCGUUAUAACGGUACAUACAGGAAUACAAUUUACUACCGUUGUCUAAAAGCUGAUUGUAAAGUGACGUGUAAAUAUAUUCAGGGAUACACAAUAUCCAAAAUGCAUGAACAUCAAAAUCAUGCUAUACUUUUUCACAAAUUAAAAACUUUGCAAACAGUAAAAGCAACGGUACAACAAAAUCCUUUAGAUACAAGGAUGAAUAUCUAUCUAAAGGCAUUAAACCAACAAUGCUCUGAAGAUCCAGAUAUAAUCAAUUAUCCAGGAGCCUUACCACCUUUUAUUUCCGUUAAAAAUACGAUUAACCGUAUUUUAAAACAAACCAGGCCAAAUAUUCCCAUUAGCAAUGACACAAUUGUAUUGACCACUGAAUUGAUAACAACAUUCAGUGGUGAUAGCUUCUUAAUAAAAAAUAAUAAUAACAAACUUAUUGUAUUUGGGUCUGUCAUGUUAGUCAGUUUAUCUUCCUAUACAAAAUUUAUUUAUAUGGAUGGGACUUUUUACACAUGUCCACGUUUUUUUAGCCAAUUAUAUACUAUACAUAUCAUGUAUAAUCAAACGAUGAUCCCUAUCAUAUAUGCACUUCUUCCAGAUAAAAGGAAGGAGUCCUAUAUUGAGCUAUUUCAAAUAAUCGUGGAAUAUGGGACAUUGAAUGGUAUCCAGUUUUCACCAGAAAUGGCACAAACCGACUAUGAAGCAGGAGCGAUAUCUGCUCUACAAUUUGUAUUUCCCAAUAUUUUAGUAAAGGGCUGCUUCUUCCACUUUACGCAGGCCAUUUGGCGUAAAGUUCAGCAUUUAGGUUUAGUCAAGCAGUAUAAAGAAGAGACUGCUGUAUACACUAUUGUUCGAAGGAUGAGUGUAUUACCUUUAUGCAAGAGAGAGGACAUUCAAGUGGUCCGUGAUUCUUGUGUAGAUCUAGCAGCCAAUGACCCGUUAAUAUUAAGUUUCUUAAUAUAUAUGGAUACUACCUGGAUAAAUUCUGAUGCAAUCUUUCCUCAUCAAAUUUGGACCAGGUAUAAGAUUCAAGGUCCUCGCAGUAAUAAUCAUCUUGAAGGAUAUCACCAUUCCCUCAAGCGAAUGGCAAAAAAUGCUCAUCCGGACAUAUAUUCAUUAAUUCGCGUUUUAAAAGAUAACCAACGCCUGACAGAACUUAAAGUUAUACAAAUCAAUAACGGGGAAAUAGUUACGGAGAAAAAUAAAAAAUAUGUGAUAAUUAAUAAAAAAAUUGUAAACUUAACAGCAUUAUAUGAUAUUACUUCUAAUUUUUUUUUUUAUUGA